AUGCAUCUUAAAACCUCUUUGAUUGGUGCUCCUGACAUGAAUGACCCUGAUCUAGAUUUACCUUCAGUGGACCUUAAAGGUUCCAAAAUAGAUCUAGAGUUACCAGAUGCAAACAUUGGUAUCCCAUCUGGGAAGAUCAAAACACCAAGUCUUGGUAUGCCUGACUUUGAUAUAUCUGGACCAACAGUUAGGACUCCAGACCUGGACCUCUCAGCGGCUGAGAUGUGUCUAUUAGACUUCCGUCUGCCUGACCUCAGUACUCCAGAUAUUGACAUACCCUCAGGUAAAUUCAAACUACAGAAACCACAUGCAGAACUCAAAGCUCCUGAUUUCAAUGUGGAUGCCUCCUCUGGUAAACUGAAGAUGCCCAAAUUUGGCUUCUCUGGCCUAAAAAGACCAGAUCUGGGCAUUUAUGCUGAUGUAAAAACACCAAAGGUAAGUCUCAAAGCUCCCAAGAUAAAAGACCCUAAAGGACCAGACGUUGGCAUUGAUGAAGACUUGGAUGGACCAGAUCUGAGCUUAUCAUCUUCCAAAUUAAAACGACCAGACUUGGAUGUUGGUAGCCCACCUGGAAAAUUAAGUUUUAAAAUGCCAGACUUUGGCUUCUCAGGGCUAGAUGUUCAAGGGCCUGACUUUGAGGUAAAAAAUCCAGACUUGGAUCUUUCAGCCCCCAAGUUUAAAGGGGGAAUUAGUCACCCAGAUUUGGAUCUGCCAGAUGUAGACCUCAAAGGCCCCAAAUUAGACCUCAGUGCACCAGAUGUCAACUUUAAUAUGCCCUCGGGUAAAGUCAAAGUACCUACAUUGAAGAAACCAAAGGUUGAUCUGAAUGCUCCUGAUCUGGACAAUAUUGGCCCCUCUGGUAAACUGAAAAUGCCUAAAUUUGGGCUGUCUGGUACAAUGCCAAAAUCUCCCAAAUUAAAUCUCAAAGCUCCAAAGAUGAAGGGGGGAAUUGAUUUUCCAGACCUGAAUUUCCCAGAUGCUGACCUCAAAGCCCCUAAACUAGAUGUGAAUGCUCCAGAUCUCGACAUCAAUGCACCCUCAGGGAAAUUCAAGAUGCCUAAAUUUGGGCUGUCUGGUACAAUGCCAAAAUCUCCCAAAUUAAAUCUUAAAGCUCCAAAGAUGAAGGGGGGAAUUGAUUUUCCAGACCUGAAUUUCCCAGAUGCUGACCUCAAAGCCCCUAAACUAGAUGUGAAUGCUCCAGAUCUCGACAUCAAUGCACCCUCAGGGAAAUUCAAGAUGCCUAAAUUUGGGCUGUCUGGUACAAUGCCAAAAUCUCCCAAAUUAAAUCUUAAAGCUCCAAAGAUGAAGGGGGGUAUUGAUUUUCCAGACCUGAAUUUCCCAGAUGCUGACCUCAAAGCCCCUAAACUAGAUGUGAAUGCUCCAGAUCUCAACAUCAAUGCACCCUCAGGGAAAUUCAAGAUGCCUAAAUUUGGGCUGUCUGGUACAAUGCCAAAAUCUCCCAAAUUAAAUCUUAAAGCUCCAAAGAUGAAGGGGGGUAUUGAUUUUCCAGACCUGAAUUUCCCAGAUGCUGACCUCAAAGCCCCUAAACUAGAUGUGAAUGCUCCAGAUCUCAACAUCAAUGCACCCUCAGGGAAAUUCAAGAUGCCUAAAUUUGGGCUGACUGGUACAAUGCCAAAAUCUCCCAAAUUAAAUGUUAAAGCUCCAAAGAUGAAGGGGGGAAUUGAUUUUCCAGACCUAAAUUUCCCAGAUGCUGACCUCAAAGCCCCUAAACUAGAUUUGAAUGCUCCAGAUGUCGACAUCAAUGCACCCGAAGGGAAAUUCAAGAUGCCUAAAUUUGGGCUGUCUGGUACAAUGCCAAAAUCUCCCAAAUUAAAUCUUAAAGCUCCAAAGAUGAAGGGGGGAAUUGAUUUUCCAGACCUGAAUUUACCAGAUGCUGACCUCAAAGCCCCUAAACUAGAUUUGAAUGCUCCAGAUCUCGACAUCAAUGCACCCUCAGGGAAAUUCAAGAUGCCUAAAUUUGGGCUGUCUGGUACAAUGCCAAAAUCUCCCAAAUUAAAUCUUAAAGCUCCAAACAUGAAGGGGGGAAUUGAUUUUCCAGACCUGAAUUUCCCAGAUGUUGACCUCAAAGCCCCUAAACUAGAUAUGAAUGCUCCAGAUCUCGACAUCAAUGCACCCAAAGGGAAAUUCAAGAUGCCUAAAUUUGGGCUGUCUGGUACAAUGCCAAAAUCUCCCAAAUUAAAUCUUAAAGCUCCAAAGAUGAAGGGGGGAAUUGAUUUUCCAGACCUGAAUUUCCCAGAUGCUGACCUCAAAGCCCCUAAACUAGAUGUGAAUGCUCCAGAUCUCGACAUCAAUGUACCCUCAGGGAAAUUCAAGAUGCCUAAAUUUGAGCUGUCUGGUACAAUGCCAAAAUCUCCCAAAUUAAAUCUUAAAGCUCCAAAGAUGAAGGGGGGUAUUGAUUUUCCAGACCUGAAUUUCCCAGAUGCUGACCUCAAAGCCCCUAAACUAGAUGUGAAUGCUCCAGAUCUCAACAUCAAUGCACCCUCAGGGAAAUUCAAGAUGCCUAAAUUUGGGCUGUCUGGUACAAUGCCGAAAUCUCCCAAAUUAAAUGUUAAAGCUUCAAAGAUGAAGGGGGGAAUUGAUUUUCCAGACCUGAAUUUCCCAGAUGCUGACCUCAAAGCCCCUAAACUAGAUUUGAAUGCUCCAGAUGUCGACAUCAAUGCACCCGAAGGGAAAUUCAAGAUGCCUAAAUUUGGGCUGUCUGGUACAAUGCCAAAAUCUCCCAAAUUAAAUCUUAAAGCUCCAAAGAUGAAGGGGGGAAUUGAUUUUCCAGACCUGAAUUUCCCAGAUGUUGACCCCAAAGCCCCUAAACUAGAUAUGAAUGCUCCAGAUCUCGACAUCAAUGCACCCUCAGGGAAAUUCAAGAUGCCUAAAUUUGGGCUGUCUGGUACAAUGCCAAAAUCUCCCAAAUUAAAUCUUAAAGCUCCAAAGAUGAAGGGGGGAAUUGAUUUUCCAGACCUGAAUUUACCAGAUGCUGACCUCAAAGCCCCUAAACUAGAUUUGAAUGCUCCAGAUCUCGACAUCAAUGCACCCUCAGGGAAAUUCAAGAUGCCUAAAUUUGGGCUGUCUGGUACAAUGCCAAAAUCUCCCAAAUUAAAUCUUAAAGCUCCAAAGAUGAAGGGGGGAAUUGAUUUUCCAGACCUGAAUUUCCCAGAUGCUGACCUCAAAGCCCCUAAACUAGAUGUGAAUGCUCCAGAUCUCGACAUCAAUGCACACUCAGGAAAAUUCAAGAUGCCUAAAUUUGGGCUGUCUGGUACAAUGCCAAAAUCUCCCAAAUUAAAUCUUAAAGCUCCAAAGAUGAAGGGGGGAAUUGAUUUUCCAGACCUGAUUUUCCCAGAUGUUGACCUCAAAGCCCCUAAACUAGAUAUGAAUGCUCCAGAUCUCGACAUCAAUGCACCCGAAGGGAAAUUCAAGAUGCCUAAAUUUGGGCUGUCUGGUACAAUGCCAAAAUCUCCCAAAUUAAAUCUUAAAGCUCCAAAGAUGAAGGGGGGAAUUGAUUUUCCAGACCUGAAUUUCCCAGAUGCUGACCUCAAAGCCCCUAAACUAGAUUUGAAUGCUCCAGAUCUCGACAUCAAUGUACCCUCAGGUAAAUUCAAGAUGCCUAAAUUUGGGCUGUCUGGUACAAUGCCAAAAUCUCCCAAAUUAAAUCUUAAAGCUCCAAAGAUGAAGGGGGGAAUUGAUUUUCCAGACCUGAAUUUCCCAGAUGCUGACCUCAAAGCCCCUAAACUAGAUUUGAAUGCUCCAGAUCUCGACAUCAAUGCACCCUCAGGGAAAUUCAAGAUGCCUAAAUUCAGAGGCCUAAAGGGACCAGAUGUUGACAUUAAUGGCACUAUAGAGGGACCAGAUCUGAACUUGUCAUCUCCCAAACUCAAGGGUCCCAAAGCAGACCUAAACAUUCCAGACACUGAUAUUGACAGUCCAUCAGGAAAACUCAAAAUGCCAACUUUCAAGAUGCCAGAUUUAGGAUUCUCUGGACCAAAAGUUAAGGGGCCUUACUUAGAUCUUUCUGCCCCCAAGUUUAAAGGGGGAAUUAGUCCCCCAGAUUUGGAUCUGACAGAUGUAGACCUCAAAGGCCCCAAAUUAGACAUCAAUGCACCAGAUGUCAACUUUAAUUUGCCCUCCGGUAAAGUCAAAGUACCUACAUUGAAGAAACCAAAGGUUGAUCUGAGUGCUCCUGAUCUGGACAUUGAUGGCCCCUCUGGUAAACUGAAAAUGCCCAAAUUUGGGCUGUCUGGUAAAAUGCCAAAAUCCACAAAACUGAAUUUCAAAGCCCCAAAGAUGAAGGGGGGAAUUGAUUCCCCAGAUUUGAAUUUACCAGAUGCUGACCUCAAAGCCCCUAAACUAAAUGUGAAUGCUCCAGAUAUUGACAUAAAUGCACCUUCUGGGAAAUUAAAAAUGCCCAAAUUUAAAGUGCCUAAAUUCAGGGGACUAAAGAGACCAGAUGUUGACAUUGAUGGAGACUUAGAGGGCCCAGAUAUAGAUAUCAAUGCCCCCACAGCUAACCUCAAAGGUCCCAAAACAGGUCUAAAAAUGCCUGAUUUCAGACUAUCUGGCCCAAAUGUAGAUUAUGACUUACCCAAUAUUGACCUCUCAGCCCCAAAGCUAAAAGGGGGAAUCAGUCCCCCAGAUUUGAGACUACCUAAGGGUCAUCUCAGAGGGCACCAACUAGACCUCAAUGCUCCAGAUAUGCCCUCAGGUAGAUUCAGAGUUCCAACCAUAGAGAGGCCAAAUGAUAGCAUCAAAGCCCCUGAUUUUGACAUCAACACUCCUUCAUUCAAAAUGCCCAAAAUGCCUACAUUUGUGUUGUCUAGUCCAAAAAGACCAGAUCAUGACAUCAGUGCUGACAUAGGUUUUAAAUUGUCAAAGAUGAAAGGUGGGAUUGGUUCACCACACCUGGACCUACCUACAGUUGACCUAGAAGCCCCUAAGAUAGAUGUAGACACUCCAGAUAUGAACAUUGAUUCACCCUCUGGGAAAUUCAAAAUGCCCCAACUCAAAAUGCCUAAAUUCAGCCUUUCUGGCUUGAAAGGUCCAGAUCCUGGAAUAGAUGUAGACAUUGAUGGACCGGACCUAAGCUUGUCAGCCCCGAAAGUAAACACAGGGAUCGGUAGUCCAGAUUUAGACAUAAAUGUUCCCUCUGGUAACCUCAAAGGCCCCCAAGCUGAUCUCAAUUUGCCAGACAGUGACAUUGCUAUACAAUCUGAAAAAUUCAAACUGCCAUCCUUUAAAUUGCCUCAGUUUGGAAGUCCCAAUCUAAGGGCAGGUACAGAUAUGGACUUUAUGAAAAUAAAUGACAUUUCUCCUCCAAAGGCUAAAGUGAAUCUAAAAGCACCAGACUUGAAAGUUAGUCACCCAGAUGUCAGCCUGAGCAUACCCAAAGCUGAUAUCAGAGGCCCGGAAUACAAAGUGUCAUCUCAUAGUAAACGCAGGUCUGAUAUCCCAGGUGGAGCACAUAUAAAAGUGCAAGCAGAAGACAUAAAUACAGAAGUGACACUGCCACACGCUGAUAGGAGGUCUAGGAAGGUCAAAGAAAGGGCCAGUUAUCCCAUUGCCGACAUUGAUUUGCCAAAAGUUGAGUAUGAAGUGUCUGGUUUGGAACUGAGAGGUUCAGACCUUAAUGAUUCCACAGGGAAAUUAAAAAUGUCCAAAUCCAAGACUUCUAAAUUGGGCAGUCAUACAAGAAUACCAGACCUUGAUAUAGACUCAAGUCUUGCCAGUAUUAACGCUUCAGUCCCUAAACUCCCACCCCCAAGGUAUGGAGUAGAGGUUUCACAGCCAGACUUACAUUUGAGUAGAACUGACCUCAAGGGCAAUAAACAUCAUAUGAAAGCCCCAGCUGGUGAAAGCGGCAGAACAAAAAGGAGAAGUCCAAAACAGUCUGAAAUUGGAACGUCCAUGCCAAAUCUUACUCAUGGUUCAAACCGCAAAAUGUCUGAAGAUCAAGAAGGAUAUUUUGUCACUGUAUUUCCCAAACAUCUCAAAGGGGAUGUACCAGACGGAACUGGGAGCCUGAAAAAUCAUCACAAGGAAGAGUCAAACCGUAGAUCUCAUACACUCAGAAGUCUCGACUUCAGUGCAUCAAAUAUGGACCUUGAAGUUCCAGAAGAUGAGAACUUAAAAGGGUCAACAUUCUGGCUUUCAAAGCUUAUAUAGCGUUCAGACAACUGACUAAAUGUCAUUUUAGGCUGGUUUGAAUCACAAUCUUCUGUUGAAACAUAAUGCAGAAAACGUCUGUUACAUAUAAAACAAGCAUCAGAUUAUUUGCACUUAUUUGUACUUUUUUAUGUAAAUUGAUUGGUAUUUGUUAUGAACAUGUUGAAAACUAAUGUAUAAAGCUUUCUUUUGUCAAGUGAUUUAAAAAAUGUAUGAAAGGUUGGUUAUGUUCUGCUGAUAAGCUAUUCAAAUGGUAUUUUUACUCUACACUUGCUACAUUGUAAUAAAA